AUGAACAUGAACAGCUCCAUGUUGCCAGCCACACAUCCUCCUGAACAUCACCACUCGACGGCAGCCCCGGGACACGGCCAUGGGUCUGGCAUGAUGGUAAGUGGGAGAGCCAUGACUUUCCACUUCAGCUAUGAGAAUGUGCCAUUGCUGUUUUCUGGACUUACAAUCAAUACUCCUGGAGAAAUGGCUGGUGCUUUUGUGGCUGUCUUCUUCCUGGCCAUGUUUUAUGAAGGCCUCAAGAUUGCCCGAGAGUGUCUGCUCCGCAAAUCCCAGGUCAGCAUCCGCUACAACUCCAUGCCAGUGCCAGGCCCCAAUGGCACCAUCCUGAUGGAGACUCACAAAACUGUUGGGCAGCAGAUGCUGAGCUUCCCUCACCUCCUGCAGACCAUCCUGCACAUCAUUCAAGUCGUGGUCAGCUACUUCCUCAUGCUGAUCUUCAUGACCUACAACGGGUACCUGUGCAUAGCUGUGGCAGCAGGGGCAGGGACGGGCUAUUUCUUCUUCAGCUGGAAGAAGGCAGUCGUGGUGGAUAUCACAGAGCACUGCCACUAACGCCGGUGCUGCCCAGGAGCCUCUCCACCCCCCUGCUCUCCUGGAGCUCAGCCACCACGAGGACUGGAUCAUUCCUAAGCUUGAAAGAGAAACGAGACAAACAAAAAUCAGCUGGAGUUCACCACAAGUUCCUAGCUGGGGUGUAGGGCUGUGAGGAGCUGGGGGAUGCUGCUCCCCCUUUGCUGCAGGCUGGCAGCAGGGCUGACUCUGGAGGGUCUCGUGGUAGCCAUCCUUGGCUAGGGUUUGCUUUAUUCUUAGAUUAUGCUGUGAUUGAAA